CUAUCGAUCCUAUCAGCCUCUUUAUUGCUAUCUUGAAAAAGUCUUUAAAAUGCUAUCAAAGAGACCCUUAUUAAUAUCCUUAAAGUGGAAUGGAACGAGCACCAAUCUACUAAGUAGAUUCUACUUAAUUAACCAAAGCUUUCAUGAUCAUGUUUGUAAAAGUCCAUCGAGACCACAUACAUUGCUCUCUUUAGACCUUGAUCCAUCACCAUUUCAUUUGAGCCAACCAAUUGUGCAUGGAGCUUUCCGUCUAACUUCCGGAGGAUUAAGAUCGAGAUGGAUGGUUCAUUUCACACACCAGAGUGGCAUGCUGCUCGUUUGGCCAGUCUCAAGACUACUCAGACAAUUACUUGGGAAGAGUAUAAGAAGAAGCAAAAGGAAGAAGAAUUGAAAAGGGGGGAGCUUGAAGCAGAUACUGAUAAACUGAUGCGUGACUAUAGAGCUCAGCUGGAUUCUGAAAGGGCACUGAAGCUCUCUAAGGGAAGGAACUAUUCUACAGAUCAAUCCAGCAAAGAUAAGAAGGAGAGAGAUCUCACAUAUAGAAAGGAAAGAGAUUCAAAAAGAAAGAGAAGCAAAAAGAGAAAGAUGCUCAAAAUAAAUUGCAUCGAGUUUAGUCUGAACAACUCCUAUAAUGUUGUUGGCUUGUAGCGUAGCUUCUGUUAACAUGCAUUGUGUUUUUUAGAAAAUGCAGCAUUCGAGAAGGCGAUCAUCUGACUCAAGCUCAUCCUCUGAAUCAUCAAGUAGUGACGAAGAGGAAUCUAGGAAAUCAAGGUCAAGUUCUAAAAGAUCAAAAAGGGAGAGGAAACACAGAUCUAGAGGCAUACAUCAUUCAAGCUAAAGUAAAGAUGAGGGUCCUGUACCGCUAUCGAAAUUCUGUGGCAGGCUUAAGAGUUGACACAUUGCAAAGACUUGAGAUUUGUGUUCAGCACAUAUGUACUAUUGUCAUCUUCCUGCAAUAGUUACAGUUCUUCUCUGAUUCAAAAUUGCAAUGAUGUACGCGUAUCCGUAUGGUUUGUAGAACAAGAAAGUUGACAAUAUUGGCAAACAUGUAGAGAGACUAAUAAAGGUGGGCUAUCAUAACACAUGAAAACUAUUUCUGAGACAAUUUAAGUCUUAAAUAGCUGCAACAACAAAAUGAGGGCAAAUUACAAAUACGGAAAAGGAAAAAAGAAGAAAUUAUCCAAAAGACUGAAAAGAAAAAGUUUGAGCCCCAUCCCCUUCAAACAUCUUUCACAAGUAUACACAAAAGACAAA